AUGAUCCGCUUGGUAACGUCAGGUGUGGAGUUUUCCUUUGAUGGUGUCAUGUAUCGACAGAUUGAUGGUGUUGCUAUGGGUUCGCCCCUUGGUCCUGUUUUGGCAAAUAUAUUUGUUGGUUAUUACGAAUGUCAGAUUCCGGUUAGUUUGAUGCCCCCAUUGUACGUGAGAUUUGUCGAUGAUUCUUUCUCGUAUUUUCAGUCUGAGGCUCAGUGCCUCCAAUUUCGUGAUCUGCUGAGGAAGGUUGUUGAUGGUAUGUUGGAUUUCACGUGUGAAUUUGAGGAGUCAGAUCGUCUACCUUUUCUUGAUGUGCUCGUUGAGAAGUCAAUUGAUGGUGGUGUUGUCACGUCGGUCUAUCGCAAGCCUACGUUCACUGGCUUGUACAUUGUUUGGGAUUCGUUUUGCGCGACACUGUAUAAGAUCAAUUUGUUGCGUAAUUUGGUGGAUCGUGCACGUCGCCUUUGUUCGUCUUCAAGGUUGGAGCAGGAGUUGGAGAAGUUACGUGCGCUUUUUCGUCUCAAUGGAUACCCCGAGUCUGUUAUUGUGAAGUAUGUAACUGAAACCAGUCCAAAGAAGAAUGCUGAAGUUUCCACUAAUCCAGUAUACCUAUGUUUACCGUGGAAGGGCGAGUCAGUAUCACGUAUGGUUCAGCGUCGGGUUAAGUCUGCCGUGGAGUCCAAUUACCAUAAUGUUCAUAUUCGCUUCAUCUACUCCACGGUGCGUGCGUUCACGGCCAAGGUGCAAGACAGCAUAAGAGAUCGUGUAAACGAUGUGAACUCCAAAAGGUAA